CUUUUUCUGUAUGCAUUUUAGCUUUUGAUUCUCUUGUUAUAAAGCUGUAAUUUGAGCUCAUUUCUGGAAUUUAUUAUGCGGGUAUUGGUUAAAUAUCCAUUUGAUUUGACGGGUUUUCAGAUUUUCAAUUUUGAUCUAAUUUUACGAACGAGAAGUUCUUUAUCUCUUUGGUCAUAUCGGAAGCUUCUUUGAACAUGGACCCUCCUACAGUUGAAGAAAAAAUCAAAACAGCAGAACUUGAAGACGUGCAAUUAGAGGAAGUGAAGGAAACUAAACCAGCAGCAAUUGAGGAGGACGAUGCCCUCUUCCACUGUGAUCUAUUUGAUGCAGAGAUGGUUCAAAAGGUAGCGGAUGAAUUUCUCCCUGGACUAGCCUCUGCCUGUAUUGAUAAUACGACCGGUGGUUUGUUGAAUAGCCCCGCUUCUGUGGCUGUUGAUAUUAGAAGAGAAAUGGUGGACUAUCUUGUCCAGAGAAGCGAGAUGUUUGUUGCAGAAUCUGUUGUCUUAGAAGGUGACUCGGUUGUUGAAGUGUCAGACAACCCUCAUGAUAUUAUAUCGGAUUUUAUUGAUGAUUUUGCACAGUCUAAGAGGAACUUUUUCUGCAAAGUCUCAUCAUGGAUGCUAAGUGAAAGGAGAGAGGAAAGGAUAGAUGAUUUCGUACAAGAAAUGGAAAUGAAUGGCUUUUGGUUGAUGGCGAGGAGGAUAGCAGUGGCACAAACAUCGAUAAGAAAUAUCGACUUCAAGAACAUUUAUCACUGCAGUAUGAGGUUCAAAUCUGAAGAAGAGCUUUCGAAGCAUAUCACCUUGUGUGGUUUCAGGGAAUUGCACUGUGAAAAUGAGGGAUGCAAUGCCCGAUUUAGUGCAGCUCAGCUGGAACUGCAUGAUUCAACAUGUCCGUUCAAAAUACUCCAAUGCGAGCAGAAAUGCCCAGAAACACUCAUGAGGCGUGAAAUGGACAGGCACUGUAUAACUGUAUGUCCAAUGAAGCUUGCCAACUGCCCCUUCUAUCCAGUAGGCUGUGUGUCUACUAUUCCUCAAUGCAAAACUGACCAACACCGUCUUGAGAAUCUUCUGCCUCACUUGACCCACAUCUUAAAACUUAUUCAUAAGGAAGCAUCUUUCGAGGCUUUGAAGAAAAGGGCUGAACAUUUGUUGGAGGCAUCAUCACCUGGACGGCUGGCAGCUGCUCGUGAUGCAAGAUCAUUAACAGUUGCAAUCAAGCGUAUUGAUGCAAAGCUUGGACCUUUGGAAGCUGAGGAAAUUAAAGAGGACAAUGCAGAUGACGCUGACUUGAAAGAUGAAAAAAAGGAUAGCACUGAUCUAUCCGCCAAAAAGGAUAGCAGUGAUCUAUCCGCCAAAAAGGAUAGCACUGAUCUAUCCGCCAAAAAGGAUAGCAGUGAUCUAUCCGCCAAAAAGGAUAGCACUGAUCUAUCCGCCAAAAAGGAUAGCAGUGAUCUAUCCGCCAAAAAGGAUAGCACUUAUCUAUCCGCCAAAAAGGAUUGCUCUAUUGACUUGUCUCAUAAUGAUGAACAAUCUCCACAGCAUAACUCCUCAGCUUCACCGCACAAAACAGUCUCACCUGACAAAUCAGAGAAAGUUGUGGAACCAACCGUAACGGAUUCAACCAAUGAACACUGUGAGAAACCAGACUCUAGAGAUCUACCCCAUUACAAAAAUGACGGUUUGAAAUCACCUGACAAAGGUGAAGAGUCUCUUAGCACAUCCGAAAAACAUCAAGAUGUCACAACUUCAGCACACAAACUAGAGUCACCUAAAAGUGAAGAUCCUCCCAAGUCACCCGAGAAGCAUCAUAAUUCAACAACUUCUGAAGAACAAAAGGAGUGAAAUAAGAUCUUUGCGGAUCAAAUGGAAUUCAGACUGUGAUCAGCAAGUCAGCAUCUGACUAAUGGAGUUUUAACAGAUCCAUGGUUGGAAAGGUAAAACAGCGAAAAACUCAUUUCUGAAAGUAAAUGUAUGUGUAGCCACCAAAUGAGAAGUAGAAUGCAAAAUUUUGAAGGUCAAGUAUAAGAGAACACAUAUUCAUUUUGUAUAUUGAAGUGAUCAGUACCUUCAAGAGUACUGAUGCUCGAAUUCUCAGGCUGGAAGAUUGACGACAAGAAAGUAAGUACAUUGUUUAAAGAUUGUUUCUAUCUUCAAAUCUGAGCUGGAGCAAGGCCAUAGCUUAGGAGAUUGCAUGAAAUAGUUAAAGUUGCAUACUAGUUCUGAUCUUCUUCAAAAAUGGCACAAUUUUGUUUGAAAUCCUUUUUUUCAUCUCCAUACAUAGACUGAUAUGAACAUUUUUCCUGUAUAAUUUAUCACACUAGCAAGUUUUCCCCUUGCUUAUUCAUUUUUUCUUGCUUGUAAUUUGCUUUGUACAAAACAGAGUUUUAUUUUUCCUUGUUAGUGAUUCACAUUCAAUUUGUUUCAACUUCAAUCAAAUGCAUACUCCUUUUUCA